GACUCGGGGGUCUCCAGGCUGAGCUUCGCGCACCUGGAGCACAACCACAGCGGGCUCUACUUCUGCCGGGUGAGCUUCAGGAAUGCAUCCGCGCAGUCCUGCGGCACCUUCGUCAGGGUCCUCGAGCCCGUGCCCGUGCCGUUCCUGGACCUGGCAGACGCCACCAAGAACAGGAUCAUGACGGCACAGGGAGUGCUGCUGCUGCUGUGUGCUGCGGGGCCGGGGCUGCUGCUGCUCUUCAGGAAGCGCUGGGCCAAUGAGCGGCUCCUCCAGCCCAAGAAAAUCUCCCUGGAGGAGGAAAAUCUUUAUGAGGGGCUGAACCUGGAUGAGUGCUCCAUGUACGAGGACAUUUCCCGGGGGGUUCAGCCCACCUACCAGGAUGUGGGUACCCCCCCUGCCGACGGGCUCCUGGAGAAGCCUUAAAAGCCCCCCAAAAAUGAGGGGGGGUCCCAAAGACCCCUCCCCAAACCCCUGCGUGCCCCCCGACCCCACGAAGGCUUUGCUUUGGUAUCUCAAGGCGGCGCUGAUGCCAAGCCCCUCCCCAAAAUAAAACUGGAGCUGAUGAAUCGCUAAUAAACAAUUAAUUAAUCUUUAA